GCAGAAAUUGAUAGGGAAAGCUGGGAGUGAAAGUGAGGUACAUUCAGCGUCUGAAUCAGUUCACAUUUUGUUAGAGGUUCGUAACACACCUCAGCAAAAUACAUAAAUACCUAUAUAUACAUUUAUCACCUGACAGGAACGACGGGGACCUUUAAAAACAUGCGGGAAUGCAUAUCUGUGCACGUUGGUCAGGCAGGCGUCCAGAUGGGCAAUGCAUGCUGGGAAUUGUACUGUUUAGAACAUGGAAUUCACCCGAACGGACUUCUUAUUGGGGACAAGACAGUCACUGACGAUGAGUCUUAUAACACAUUCUUCAGCGAGACUAGUCGCGGAAAACACGUGCCAAGGGCUGUCUACGUAGAUUUAGAACCUAGUGUAGUCGACGAAGUGCGGACAGGUGAAUUUAAGCAAUUGUUUCACCCGGACCAACUAAUAAGCGGGAAAGAAGACGCGGCCAAUAACUAUGCACGUGGACAUUAUACUGUAGGCAAGGAGAUCAUAGAUCUCGUGCUCGAUAAAAUACGAAAAAUGGCGGACCAUUGUGCAGGGCUGCAAGGGUUCCUUGUAUUUCACAGUUUUGGUGGUGGCACCGGAAGUGGAUUUUCUUCUCUGUUGAUGGAACGACUCUCUGUAGAUUAUGGAAAGAAAUCCAAGCUAGAGUUUGCCGUUUAUCCCGCACCGCAGAUUUCUACAGCUGUGGUUGAGCCUUAUAACUCUAUCCUGACCACACACAACACGCUUGAACACUCGGACUGUGCCUUCAUGGUUGAUAACGAGGCUAUAUAUGAUAUCUGUCGUAGAAACCUUGACAUUGAACAUCCGUCAUACAAGAAUUUGAAUCGUUUGAUUGGUCAGAUUGUAUCAUCUAUAACCGCAUCUUUACGUUUUGAUGGGGCACUCAAUGUGGACUUGACGGAGUUCCAGACCAAUUUAGUGCCGUACCCGAGAAUACAUUUCCCGUUAGUGACGUAUGCGCCGAUAUGUUCAGCCGAGAAAGCCUUCCAUGAACAGAUGUCUGUACAAGAAGUUACGAACGCUUGUUUCGAGCCGGCCAAUCAGAUGGUGAAGUGUGAUCCACGUCACGGUAAAUACAUGGCAUGCUGUAUGUUAUACAGAGGUGACGUCGUUCCAAAAGACGUCAAUGCAGCAAUAGCCAACAUUAAAACAAAGCGAAACAUACAGUUCGUAGACUGGUGCCCUACAGGCUUCAAAGUCGGGAUAAACUAUCAACCACCAACAAGUGUACCUGGAGGUGAUCUUGCCCUCGUACAGCGAGCAGUGUGUAUGUUGAGCAAUACAACAGCUAUAGCUGAGGCCUGGGCAAGACUUGACCACAAGUUCGAUCUCAUGUAUGCUAAACGGGCAUUUGUACACUGGUAUGUCGGUGAAGGUAUGGAGGAGGGAGAGUUUACGGAGGCUCGCGAGGAUCUCGCUGCCCUCGAGAAAGACUACGAGGAAGUUGGUGUUGACAGUAUCACUAACGACUGUGAGGAGGACGAUGAGGAGGAAUACUAACACAAUAAUGUCCAUCAUCUACAUACAACUACUUUACUAUCAAUAUCAUUUUAUAUACAUGUUUAAAAGUAUUUCUGGACUCAUCAUUACAUAACGGACCAUUUUGCUUUGUUUUUAUCUUAUUUUCUACAGGAUGCUAUUUUAUAAAACAAAAUAUUUAUUCUUUUAUUUAUGUACUAUUUAUUUAAUUAAAUGUUGUUUGUGUAAGCAAAAUGCAAUAGUUUCUGAUCAGAUCUUCAUACAUGUAGCUUAUCGUCAAAAUGAAAUCUCAUCAACGUUUUUACACACAGUUCAAUUAUGCAAAGAUGGAUAAUUUAUGAUUAUUCCAAGAAUAUGUACAAUUAUUCAACGACAGAAAAAGCUGUUCACCAUGUUAUAAACAUAGACUGCUGGACGAUGUCUUUGCUUUAUAUGUAAGCUAUGGAGAAUGACAGUGUCACGUGUAUCCGUGUUUAAAAUCAAACGUUAGAUUUUUUUGCUCAACAUGUCUAAAUGUUUGCUACGUUUUCUGUUAUAUUCGAUACAUCAGUAUAACAUUAUACAUGUAGGUACAAACUUGAUUUUGAGUAUAUUUUGUUUGCUGUUUAUCUUCUAUUGUCAUGUGCAGAUAAUAAAUGACUGACUUUCAAAAUA